AUGGCACAGAUAGACGGCGGGCGACUGUUCGCCAAGGCACUGAAAAAAGAGGGUGUGGAGUAUGUAUUCACGCUGAACGGCGGACACAUCUAUAACCUCUACGAGGGCUGCGUUGACGAAGGCAUCAAGGUCAUAGACUUCCGGCACGAGCAGGUCGCCGCACACGCCGCAGAGGGCUGGGCAAAAGUUACCGGCAAGCCGGGUGUGGCGAUCGUCACGGCAGGUCCUGGCGUCACCGAUGCCGUAACGGGCAUCGCCAACGCGUUCCAGGCUCCAAGUCCGAUGAUUCUUAUCGGAGGCAACGCUGGCAUUACCGACCAUCUGCGAGGCGGCCUGCAGGACUUCGAUAGCGCGACCUUCCUGAAGCCGGUCACCAAGUUUUCGGAGCAGGUCAAGCGCGUGGAGCGCAUACCCGAGUAUGUCUCGAUUGCGUUCCGCCACGCGACUUCCGGCGUUCCGGGCCCAGUGUAUCUUGAGAUACCCAUCGACAUUGUUGGUGGCGUUGCGGAGGAAGAGGAUGUGAAGUAUCCCGGCAGUUACCGAACGCAGGCCAAAGCAUUCGGCGACCCGGAGUACGUCAAGCAGGUAGUGGACAUACUGCACACCACUGAGCGGCCGAUGGUGCUGGCAGGGUCUGAUGAUUUGGUGGAACGACGCAUCCGAGGAACUGCGGGAAUUCGUCGAGAUGAUCGACUCCCCUGUGUUCCUGAACGCGAUGGGGACGCGGCAGCAUCCCUUCAGAUCAUACUAACCUCGGCAGCCUUGGCAGGCGCUACGGCCUUGUCAAGUCCGACACUGUGA